GCAGAAAGCCCCAAGGACACGGAAAUUCAGGUCAGGUCCAACCUAGAAGCCAAGUAACAGGACCAGGUAAAGCCUAAGAAGUCAAUCAAAGCCGCGUGGAAUUUUUAUCAAGUGUGGAAAUAAAUACAUCAUCAAUGGCGACGCCAGAAAAUGCCUGUUGAGCCCACUCGCGUAAUCCUUUCUCUUUCAACAGUCAACUCUGUUUCUUAUAUCUACUUUUCUGGAACCUCAUCCCCAUCAACAAAACUAAGAACCCACUCGUCCAUGGCGAUAGCUGGAUUUUCAGAGCUGUAUAUUUUCCUCUUACUUGCAGCGACGCUGCAAUCUGUCCUUGAACCAGUCCAAGCCCAACAGGAGUACGUGGCGAACCACCAGCUAGACUGUCAAAACAAAAACUUCAACUCCACAACCAAAGGCUACUUGAAAAAUGGCCCACAGUCUUCAUGUCAAUCUUACAUCACCUUCCGCUCCGGCCAACCCUACACCACGCCCAUCUCCAUAGGCUUCCUGCUCAACGCUGUGCCCGACCAAAUCGCCUCCAUCAACAACAUCUCCCUCCUCACGGCUAUUAUUCCCGCCGAUGACCAACUGGUUGUUCCCGUCAAUUGCUCCGCCGCCGGUCCUUAUUACCAGCACAACGCCACCUACACGCGUCAAACAGAUGCAGAGACUUAUUUCUCCAUUGCCAACGACACAUACCAGGGGCUCUCCACCUGCCAGGCCCUUAUGGAUCAAAACCCUGUUAAUUUCCUAGAUCUCGAAGUUGGUAUGUUGAUUAAGGUACCACUCAGGUGUGCUUGCCCCACUUCCAACCAGACUGCCGACGGUGUCAAGUACCUGCUCACCUACAUGGUCACUAUCGGUGAUACUAUUUCCGCCAUUGCUGAUACCUUUCGCGUCAAUGAAACGAGCUUGUUGGAUGCCAACAAACUCACCUCCGAAGGUUUGAUUUUCCCCUUCACACCUCUCCUGGUUCCCCUAACCACAGAGCCAACCAAGAUUCAAACAGAGGUGCCCGCUCCGCCUCCCGCCGAGCCUCCACAAUCACCAGCCGGCCCAAUUUCAGACUCCACCUCUUCUAACAAAUGGGUUUUCGUGGGCGUCGGCCUUGGAGUUGGUAGCUUUCUCCUUCUUUCCCUUUGUGGGCUAGUUUUCUGUUUGUACAGACGCCGGUUCAAGCCACCUCCACCAACAAAGAAGAAGCCAUCUGAGUCUUCCGAGUAUUCGGCUCUUCCCGAACAGAACAAAUCCUGGUCUGUUUCUCUGUCUUCUCACGGGGUUCGAUAUGCUAUUGAAUCCUUGACCCUCUACAAAUUCGAGGACUUGCGGAGUGCCACCGGAAAUUUUAGUGAAUCCAACAGAGUCAAAGGCUCCGUUUACCGGGGAUCGUUUAUGGGAGAUUAUGCAGCCGUGAAGGUGGUGAAAGGUGAUGUCUCUGGUGAAAUUAAUCUACUGAAAAAGAUAAAUCACUCGAACAUUGUCCGACUUUCGGGGCUCUGCGUCCAUGAUGGAAAUACCUACCUCGUUUACGAGUAUGCAGAAAAUGGCUCUCUCUCCGAUUGGCUUCAUUCCCAAAAGCAUGAGACCUCCUUUACUCUGUCAUGGAAGCUGAGAGUUCAGAUUGCCCGUGAUAUAGCUGAUGCCCUCAAUUACGUACAGAACUACAUCAACCCAUCUCACAUUCAUAAAAACUUGAAGUCCAGCAACAUCCUUUUGGAUUCAAACUUGAGAGCCAAGAUAUCCAACUUCGGCUUAGCCAGAAGUUUAGAAACGAAUGGAGAAGGAAAUCUUCAGCUGACAAGACAUGUAGUUGGAACUCAAGGUUACAUGGCGCCUGAGUACAUCGAGAAUGGAGUGAUUACCCCUAAACUCGACGUGUUUGCUUUUGGGGUUAUCAUGUUGGAGCUUUUAUCAGGGAAAGAAGCUGCGACGAAGAAAAAGGAAGAAGGAGAAGAGUUGUUAUAUACAUCCAUAACCAGGGUUUUCCAAGGAGACAAUGUGAGAGAGAAACUAAAAGGGUUUAUUGAUCCUUGUUUGGGAUCUGAAUACCCUUUGGACUUGGCUUUCUCCAUGGCUCAUCUGGCUAAAAGAUGUGUUUCUCAAGAUCUUAAUCUUCGGCCUUCAAUGGCCGAAAUUCUCAUGACUCUGUCCAAGAUUCUGUCGUCGUCACUGGACUGGGAUCCAUCUGACGAGUUCAACCGUUCUACCUCUCAAUCCAGUGGCAGGUAGAGCGAUACUCCCACUCAUCGCCAAUUACACUCUCCAUCGCAUACCAAAGCUUUUUGAAAGAAAAGAUGGAAAUUUUGUUAAUAGAGAAAUAUUUAAUCCUCACUCUCCAUCGUGUUAUCAACAGUUAAUAAUCCCAGAACAUGCAAUAAAUUCAGAAACUUUUCUGCUACUA